UCUAACGGGAACAUUGAAAUGACUUAGGAUUCUUGACCAUCUGAUUCCGUCUUGAGACGGUGUCGUCCAAAUUGCCAAUCAUUUUGGAGAAAUGGAGCCACUGAUGGAGGUCGUCUUGCCUUUCCUCAGUGACACGAUUUUCAGGCCAUUUCUAAUUCUAAUCAUGGGCUGCCUCUUGUCUGUCGCUCUACUCCGGCUUUUGGUGUUCUUCGUCCUGGAACAAGGUGAUCCGGUUUAUCCGUCCUUGCAUUAUCGUCCUUCUUCUUUGUCCGAGAGACUCAUUAGCACGUUACCUGCUCUACGAGCCGCUUACACAGUUCCCGGUUGCUGGACUGUAGUGACCGGUAGCUGGCGGGCAUUGCUCAUUUUGGUGGCUACAAUAGCCACUCAAACUUGUACUCGGUGGACGGGUCAAGUUCGUUUUUUACGUGAAUACCUCCUGAUGGACGAUGAUGGACUGGUUUCGCUCGACUGGAUACAAGUGCUGCCUCGAAUAGCAUCCCCGUUGAUUCUUGACAUCAAAGCGUCGAGUAAAUUCAGUUGGGUUGUCAUCUUAAUGCCAGGGCAAUGGGUUUGUGAUUCUAAAAGAGACUUACAGGCCGUUUGUCAAUCGCUUGUCCACCAGGGACAUCAGCCGGUGAUCUGGAAUCGACGUGGGUUAGCCGGAACGCCGUUGACCGCAAUGACUUCAUCGUCGUCUGUUUGCGGUGAUCUGCGACAGGUGAUUCAGUACCUGAGCGUCCAACAUCCUCACUCACCAUUGGCUUUGGUUGGAUUUAGUCAUGCUGCCUCUCUUCUCAUUUCCUAUCUGGGCGAAUUUGGAAGCAGUACGUUGAUUCACUCGGCCAUUGCCGUUAGCCCUUUGUGGCAGCAACCGCCAACCGGCCUCGAUUGGAUCUUUUCCAAAUGCAAAGGAGUACCAAUGGAUUCAAGAACGGUCGAUCCACUUCGUGAUUCCGAUGACAUAGCUGUUCCUUUACUCGUAAUUCACUAUGAUGAUGAUCCGCUGGUGCCGGCCAACACUCUGCCCAAGGAGCUUUUCAGUUUGUACCCGCAAUUGAUUUUGGUGACUUGCCCAUUGGGUGGCCACUGUGGACAUCUGCAACCGACGCCCCGGCUUGCAGAUGCCGUAAUAGGUGAUUUUAUUCACGAAGUGUUGGCUUUCACUAGCUGGCCCUUAUCUGUCACCAUACAUCAACAAGAAAGACAAUGUCAGCAGACAAGACGCAGCCGAGCCGGAUCUCUUACGUGUUCACCCGCCUCGCGGAAGCCAAGAAAGAAUCACUUGAGACACGGCCGAUCUAGUCGCAGUUCCUGCUAAAAGUGUUACACAUACAUAUAUUUUUUUUCAUGCAAGUUUUUGGAUUCCAGCCUCAUGAUGUGUUCCUUCGUCACAAGUAUUUGCCAUUAAGUGUUCCAGAUCUUAUUUUGUUUCCUUUUCUUUGUCUUGUUCAUUUUCAAAAAAUAUUUUAGUUUUUCAUGUGUUUUAUUUAUUUGGUAAUGUGUUGUUCCAAGGGGAUUAUGCUCACACCCUAGUGUAUUUGAAAUUCAUUGUUGUGAUUUUAAAAGAACUGGUUAGCAAUUCAUUGUUUCCUGUGGCUUUUC